AUGCCAUGUCGACUCCAGCCGUACAUCUGGAUCUCCGAUGACACCCUCGCUGCCGCCUAUCGUCGCUUUGCCAACACCUGUCUGGUAAAUCACAGCCAUACCAACACCAGACGCCAUGGCAGCAAUGUGCCGGGGCCAUUGGAGUCCCGUCGUCGCCUUGCUAGGAGACGCAUGGCUGGGCUCAGUAUGCCCAGUCCCUCUCCAGGCCUGAUGCCUGACUUUGGCACUCUCUUCGGCUCUGGCGGUCUUGACAUGACCUCGCUAUGGGCUCCACCGAGUACGGCACAGUCGCGUGCCCCGAGUCCACCACACGANCACUCCUCCCGCUCCUCCAAUACCUCGGACGCCUCCCACGUCUUACAAGCCUUGUACCCCUCGUGCCGUUCCACCACCGCCNNCCAAUCUCCACUAUCUUUCAAAGAGUACAGAGUUCUACUGGCUUCAUGUCGCACCCUGGACUCACUGGCUCAAGCAUAUACUAGCAUGCACUCUGGCUCUGAUGUCUCUCAAACCUUCAGCAAAGCCGCCUUCUACUCCUUGUUAUACCGAUCCACUCCUGAUCAAGUUUUGGCCUUCCUGCAGAGCGACUUGGACCACCAGGACAAUCACAACACCCAUACAUACCUCGUCCAUCUUUUCGCUACAAAGAGCCCUUCUGAGCAGGUUAUGGACUGUGUUCGUCUUGUGUGCGAUAAGAUCGCCUUAGGCACUAUACCGGAAAAAGAGUUGUCGGACAUCCUCGAGAUACCGAGAGAAACUGCAGGAAUUGAUGAUCGAUUACUGUUGGAGGUCAACUCAAUGCUUCUUGGAUCCUUGGUGGACGUUUGUGCUCCAAACAACCCUCCAGAGCGUCUUGUUAUUAAAUUGCUCAAGAACUCACUUUCUCUACCUCCAUCGCCAGGUGUCUCUAAGCUCAUAGCUGCAUCUAGUCCACUUUGUGGAGCUUUGGCCCCUCGACUCCUGGCCAGGCACCUCAGAACAGCCAUAUCACGAACCAUGUGGCCUGGACCUUCAGAUCAGCUGAUGCUCACCUUGAGCAUGAUCCCCUCUGCAUAUUUUGACCGUGUCAUAGAACAUGCUACCAAGAAAUUCAUUGGCAAAAGUCUCGAAAAUCCAAAGGUUGCCCGCAACAGUUGCAUCGAGAGGCUUAAUUGCNNUGAGCUUGUAGAUCUCGGUCUCUUCUAUCCCUCGAUCUAUCAGCCUUCUUCAAUAGGUGCCACGGUUCUUUACCCUUUUCUCGCGUUGAAAUUCACCAUCGCUGAGCUCGGUACCCACCUACGGUCCCUCCACCCCGCAGAUGCCGCUACUAUUGUCUUGCACAAUUGGAUAAAGCCUUCCAUACUGGAAGUAUCGGACCCUGAAAUGUCAGAGUUAGACCUCGCAGGGUCUGUUAUUUCAGAUGUAACAAGCAAUGCAACGCCAGAUACAGUACGCGACCUACCAUUACAACCUCCACCAACUGUCCACAGUCGGCACGGUGCCAAGGUGGAAGAUCCCUUUCAAACCUAUGGACUAGGAUAUACCAUGUCUCGGUCCCCUGAUCGGUCACGUACCCACCGAGCGACCCUUGAAGAACGUCAGGAGAUUUUCGACACCCUCGCAUCGACGCUCCACGAUCGCUGCAAGCCAGACCGAGACGGUGUCUACCCGAGCCGGGGCGGAGCCUGGUUUCAUCUAUUCACUUUGUUGAGCGAAAACAAGAUUGAUUAUGCUGGUUGGCUCAGUGAUCUGUUUCAAGUGCUGAAGCAUCACAAGUCACCCGUGUGGACGUAUCAUCUGUUUGCGAAGCUUACUAGGACCAACGUUCGAAUCCCUUAUCCGGUGGCCGUGGAUAUCAUACGAUAUUUCAUCGACAUAGAGAAAACACAAUGGGCGUUGGACGUCUUCACCCGUUCGCAAAGCCACCAAUGGCUUUCAAGUGUACCGGAGUUGUUGUUCGCUCUGACCGACAGUCGCGCGGUCAGGUCUCAAGCUGUAUUCGAUUUGCUGAUACGACCGGACUAUGCAAACUCUCUGCCAACGCAAUUGCGUUCAGUAGCCAACAGCCCUCUGUCACACGAGAGGAUACAGCUGGUGCAUCAUGUCGCAUACGCCAUGGCCAAGUCGCCACUAUUGACCUCACGGAUGGCCUUCAGGAAGGUAUGCGAUUGUUUAAACUACCUACAGGACCGAGGCGCACCACUUUCAAGCCUCAUGUCUCGGGCUCUUGUCUAUGCUGGAGUGACGCGUCCGCUCCGAGAAGGUAUCUGGCUCAGUACUGAGAAGUUCCAAUGGAUCCUUACCUUCGUUCGUCGUCUCGAAGGCGAUGAAGUGGCAGACAGCCUCGAUGAAGCGGCCUUUACGCUCAGGAGUGAGAACCUUGGGCUAGAUGAGGCACGCAUGAAGCCAUUGGACGAAUUGGAACAGGAAGCAGAUCACAUCGCUUGGGAGUAUCGAAAGCGGUUCGGUCACAAAUCUCAUCAAUUGGAGAACAUCACGUCACCCUACAAAACCGUCACACCCAAGGUGACUAGAGUCCAGAGAAGACUUGAGUUCGCUGCGACAGUCUCUCAGAAGGAAAGUAAAUAG